AGGAAGGGGAGGAGACCAAUUAAUUUAAGGGAAGGGGCGGGACUAGGGCGCGGUCACUUUGUGUCGGAGCGAAAGUGGCAGAGGCAAAAUGUUGGGCCGAGUGGUGGCGGCUCUCUUCUCCUUUCUGAAGUCACUGGUUAACGUUUUCCUGAAGAUACUUGGUCUUAAGAAAACAGGUCCGCCAAUCACACUUGAAGACCCAAAUACAAAAUAUGCAUUGAGACUGAUCGAUAAGGAGGUGGUGACCCGUGACACCAGGAGGUUCCGCUUCGCCCUCCCGUCCACAGAACACGUGCUGGGACUGCCGAUUGGGCAGCACAUCUACCUGUCAGCCAGGGUGAAUGGGCAACUGGUGGUCAGACCCUACACCCCCGUCUCCAGCGACGAUGACAAGGGAUACGUGGAUCUGGUGAUCAAGGUUUACUUCAAAGGAGUCCAUCCCAAGUUCCCUGAAGGAGGUAAAAUGUCCCAGUACCUGGAGAACCUAAGAAUCCAGGACAGCAUUGACUUCCGGGGACCCAGUGGUCUGCUUGUUUACAAGGGAAAAGGACAGUUUGCCAUUCGGCCAGAUAAGAAAUCUGAAGCCAAGAUCAAGGAGGUUAAGAAAGUGGGCAUGAUUGCUGGUGGAACAGGCAUCACCCCCAUGCUGCAACUGAUCCGAGCGAUUGUGAAGGAUCCCAGUGAUCCCACCAUUUGCCAUUUGCUGUUUGCCAACCAGAGUGAGAAGGACAUUCUUCUGCAGUCUGAGCUGGAAGAGAUUGAGGCGGAGAAUCCUCAUCGUGUGAUAAUCUGGUACACCUUGGACAAAGCACCUGAAGGUUGGAAGUACAGUGAGGGAUUUGUGAAUGAACAGAUGAUUCAAGAGCACUUACCCCCAGCAGCAGACGACGUUCUCAUCCUCAUGUGCGGUCCUCCGCCAAUGAUAGAAUUCGCAUGCAACCCCAACCUCGACAAACUGGGCUACAGUCAGGAUGCACGCUUUGCAUUUUGAGGAGCUUCUGUCCUGAAUUAGUGUAAUUGCUACGAUUUCAUUUUAUAUAAGCUACCUGCUUGUUGGCAUUUUACAAUUUAUUAUUAGAGCUGAAAUGCAAAAGCAAGGGUUUGAGUUGAUUGAUCUCAGCUAGCUGGACCGCUACCUGUUGCUGCUGCUUCAUUGUAAAUUUGCACCAGAGUGUUUGGCAGAUGCUCUCUGGUCUGGGAGCAGCAAAACGGCAGAGGCAUGUACUAACAGUUGUCUGCUCCUUUAAGCUGAGUGCUUGCAUUGGGCUGCAGUGACUGUCUAUCCUGUCUAGAUGAUGAAACGAAGUUUGGUUGUGAGGCUGAGAUAAUAGUGAUAGGAUGUAAUGUAUGUGCAUAAGGUGGGACUUCUGGGAACAGCGAUGGGAAUUGGAAGGACAAGGACACUAUUUCUAGUUACAGAAUCAAUGUGACUAUCAAGUCUAGAGGAAUUAAAAUCCAGUUUAUUAUCACUGGCAAAUGGUGAAAUUUGUCAUUUUGCAGCAGUAGAUUGCAAUACAUAAAAACAACUAAAUUGGUGCGAAGUAUAAGUAGUGCAAAAAGAGAGCAAAAGAAAAAAUAAUGGGUUCAUUGUCCAUUCAGAAAUUUGAUGGCAGAGGGGAAGAAGCUAUUCCUGAAAUGUUGAGUGUCUCUUUUAGCUCACGGUCGCAAUGAGAACAGGGCCCAUCCUGGGUGAUAGGGGUCCUUAAAGAAGGAUGCCACCUUUUUGAAGGAUUAUUGCAAGUAAGAUUUUUUUGGUAUAACUUCAGUCUGAAAUGGAGAUUAGAGGAAUUUUUAAAACUAACAUCUGCUUUAAGUAGUACUGUAGUAUACGUGAGAGAGCAGAGAUUGAAAUUUAUGGAUGGAUUCACUAGUCUUGCUACUGAGUCAGCCCUGGUUGCAAGUUGCAUAGCUCAAGAGGAACCCUCAAAGAUUUUGAGUUAAUUUCCUGACCAAGGGAAUGGCAUUUUGGCACCACUGAGACUAGCUGUAGAGGCAUCACCUUCAAAAGGCACUGCCUCAAAAUGGCAGCAUCCAUCAUUAAGGACUUCCAUCACCCAGGAAGUGCCCUCUUAUUGUUACCUUUGAGAUGGUUGUACAGAAGCCUGAAGACACACACACACUGUUUCAGGAACAGCUUCUUCCCCUCUCCCAUCAGAUUACUGAAUGGACAAUGAACCCAUGAACACUAAAAUCAGUAUUUUUCCUCUUUGCACUACUUAUUUUCACAAACAGUAUACUUAUUAUAGUUUUUAUUAUGUAGUGUAAUGUAAGGGUCUCAGCCUGAAAUGUUGACUCUUUAUUCCUUUCCACAAAUGCUGCCUGAACUGCUGAGUUCCUCCAGCAUUGUUGUUAAUUUUCCCCAGCUAACCUGCAGGAGGCAGGCCAUGAUGCACUCUACUGCAGAUGUUUGCAGGACUUUGUCAACUUCCUAUUAGCAGAAUAUACACUACAGAAUUGUAAUCUUAUGCACUAUCCACCACUGUACACACCCCUUGUAAUAAUAUAGCUAAAUAAAGAUUGAAUGGUA